UGUUUCCAACAAAGGCGGUGUGCCAACUGCCAAGCCUCACAAAACUACAGAGCGGGAGAGUGAGGGAGAGAUAGCCACGACACGAUGAGGACGAGCACCCUGGUUGCCUCCAUCUGCCUCCUUCUCCUUCUACCCUUUUCUGCAUCAUCUUCUUCUUCCUCCUCCAACUCCAGAUCCAUCCCCAUCUCAAAUUUCAGCUUCCCACAGCAGAGGAAUAUCAUCACGCAUCUCCCUGGCUUCGAGGGACCCCUCCCCUUCCAACUCCAAACAGGGUAUGUGGAGGUGGACGAGCACAAUGGCGUCCGCCUCUUCUACUACUUCAUCCGGUCGGAGAGGAACCCGGCAGAGGACCCCGUCAUGCUCUGGCUCACUGGUGGCCCUGGAUGCUCCGCCUUUUCUGGCCUCGUCUACGAGAUCGGCCCUCUGAGUUUUGACCGUCGCACCUACGUCGAUGGCUUGCCCAAGCUGCUUUACAAACCAGACUCAUGGACAAAGGUUAGCAAUGUCAUCUUCCUGGAUUCCCCUGUAGGAACUGGCUUCUCAUACUCCGUAACACCACAAGGAUACGAAUCAAGUGACACCAAAGCUGUCACGCAAAUUGUCGUCUUCCUCACAAAGUGGUUUGAUGAGCACCCAGAGUUCUUGUCAAACCCUUUCUACGUUGCCGGUGACUCCUACAGUGGUAUGAUUGUGCCAGCCAUCACCCUUGAAAUUGCUAAAGGGAAGGAAGAUGGCAAUGGGCCAGCUCUUAAUCUAAAGGGUUACCUUGUGGGUAAUCCAGUCACGGAUGGGAAUUUUGACAAUCCAGCCAAAGUACCGUUUGCUCAUGGAAUGGGUCUCAUAUCUGAUGAAAUGUACCAGGCAUACAAGGAUAGCUGCGGUGCAGACCAAAGCAGACAGCAAAGCCGUCAGUGCACAAGUAGUCAUGAUGUCAUUGAUGAGUGUGUCAAGGACAUAUGCCCAAACCAUAUUCUGGAGCCAAUGUGCACUUUUGCAAGCCCACAUCGAUACAAUCUGAAGCUGAGUUCAGGUGCACGGGAGAUGCUCCGGCUGCAAGACUACACUGCCAGGACCGGGCUUCAACUGUCUGAGAUUUCUACAGAGUGCAGAACGGCAGAAUAUCUUAUGUCCAGAACAUGGGCAAACAAUGAAAUAGUCAGAGAGGCUCUUGGUAUCCACAUGGGAGCAGUUCCUUUAUGGAUAAGAUGCAACUACGACAUACUGUACGCUAACGAUAUUCACAGUUCAGUGAAAUAUCAUCUCGAGGUCACUAAAAGAGGCUACAAAUGUCUAGUUUACAGUGGUGAUCACGACAUGGUCAUACCUUUCAUCGGCACGCAAGCCUGGAUCAGGUCUCUGAAUUUCUCUGUUGUGAAUGAGUGGAGACCAUGGUAUGUCGAUGCACAAGUUGCAGGAUAUACAAGGUCAUAUUCAAAUAACCUCACAUUCGCAACCGUGAAGGCUGAUCACGGUACUGUUUUGCUCAAGAUGUCAGGAUCUGUCAAGGGGAGACUGAUGCGACUGUUCUGGAUGAAGAACCGCUACCUGUAUAUGCUGAAGAUCUACCUGAGAAUGUACGUGGGGCAUUUGACCUCACAUGCAAUUUUGUCCUACGGUGCCACAACAAUCUGAAGGCGGAGAUGGACCAAAGAUUUUAUGACCUGGGUGUUAGAUUUUAGGGACCCAAAAUUCCUUAAUUCUACUUUUAUAUAUUGUGCGCUUAAGUAUAUAGUCAAAUAAAUUUCUCAGCCCAAGUUGUCUUGUUGUGCCAGCAUGCUUGAUUGGACAGUAGGUUAAGAGCUCGAUUCUCACAGUUAACACAAUUUGUUUCAUUGUUUUUGCUGUUUUCUCAUAUUCUAUUUGCAAAUAUACUGGUGUAAAUAAGCCCAGCACGUUUGUUUAUUUUUUUCGACUUGUUUCUUUGUUUUCUCACGUUUUCUGCUAUUCUUAGUGAUGCCUAUGUACGAUGCAAAUACUUAUGUAAAAUAAGCACAACUCGUUUUUUUAUUA